AAUUAUUGCAGCUUCUCUCUCUUGGACGAGCGAACGAAAGAUGCUUUUUUGGGGGAUGAUGCUGCUGCGGCUCACUGUUGCUGCUGCUGCUGUUUGCUCUUCGUGCUGCUCUGGAGCUGCACUUUUAAAACUACUGAGAGCCACAUCUUUUCUGGCAUUGCAAUGACCCUGCACCUUCUUCGGGAACCAAACUCUCUCUCUCUCUCUCUUCCUCACUUCCUUCUUCUCUUUUCUUGCUUUCAGGAAAAUAAGAUGAUGAGGCGAGCAAGGAUCUCACUUUUCUCUCCUCUCCAUCUCUCUCGUUCACUACCUCAGUGUAAUGCAAUCAUCAUCAUACUACAUUAAAUACUGCCUCUCUCCAUCAUCAUUGCCUCUCUCUCUUUCUCUCUUUCUCUUCGAAGCUAGCGCAAACUCCCUCAUGGUCAUGAUCAUCUUCCUCCGCUCUCUCUAGCAGAGACUUCCAUCAUCAUCACCAUCAUCUUCAUCGAGCUCUGUCUCUCUGUCUCUCUGUCUCUCUCUCUCUCGGUCUGUGAUUAUCAUUAGCGUAAAGAGAAAAUGGACUCCUACGAAGCUACGAGGCUCGUCUUCUCGAGGAUCCAGAGCUUGGACCCGGACAACGCCUCCAAGAUCAUGGGCUACAUCCUCCUCCAAGACCAGGGCGACAAGGAAAUGACCCGACUGGCCCUCGCCCCCGACCCCCUCCUCCGCACCCUCAUCCUCAAGGCCAAGUCCCACCUGUCCCUCUCCCUCUCCGCGACCUCCUCGUCCUCGACCUCCACCACGCCCUCCUCUCCUUCCUCCGCUGCUCUCAAUCUCCACCCCAACCCCAUCUCGCGAAGACCCAUCGCUCACCACCACUCCCUCUCCAUCCCCUCUCCGAGAACCACCCCGUCCUACGCCAAUGUCGUCAAUGGGGUCACUCACAACACCACCCCCAACGUCCCCAGCGACCCCGUUGACGAUUACCUGCUCCAGGACCACCUCUCCUUCUUGAACGACCCCAAAAGCGACGACCUUUACGACCCGAGGCUCGAGUUCGUACCAAACGGCGACUCUGGCUUGUCGCACAGGAGGAGCUACUCGAUACCCGGAAUGCGUCUUGGGACUAAUGCUGCUAGCGAAGAACCGGGUCUUUCUGGGUUCGGGUGGAGGCCGUGCCUGUACUUCGCGAGGGGGUUCUGCAAGAACGGCGCGAGCUGCAGGUUCCUCCACGGCGACUCGGGGGACUGCACGGACGCCUCGGCGGCGGUCAAUGUCGGGUCGCCAGUCAAGUUUGGCGAGCUCGAGCAGUUCGGCCCCGAGCUCGCCGCGAGAUCGAAGGCCGUGGUGGCGCAGCAGCAGAGGUUGAAGCUGUUGGCCGGCGCUUCUGCUUCGUCCUUGCCUUACAACAGUUGCGUGGACUUGUUUCUGCAGCAGCAGAACGACACCCAGAGAUCGAUUGCUCCAGAGUUGAUGCUGAGGGACGAGGUGCACAAAUUCGGACGCAUUCAGUCCGAAAGGAUCGAUUUUUCAGGACUAGGAUUGGGAGGGGCGAGCAGCCCUGGGUCGAGGCAAAUUUACUUGACAUUUCCUGCUGAUAGCACUUUCAGAGAAGAGGAUGUUUCGAAUUACUUCAGCAAUUAUGGACCGGUGCAAGAUGUGAGAAUUCCUUACCAGCAGAAGAGAAUGUUUGGAUUUGUUACUUUUGUAUAUCCGGAGACCGUGAAGCUCAUACUGGCCAAAGGCAAUCCUCACUUUGUUUGCGAUUCACGGGUGCUGGUUAAACCUUACAAGGAGAAAGGCAAAAUUGCAGAUAGGAAACAACAGUUCAUGGAUAGGGGUGAAUACUCAGCGUGCUUGAGUCCGACCGGGUUUGAUUCAAGGGACCCUUUUGAUCUCCCCUUUGGGUCGAGGAUGGGUUACAAUGCUCAGGAGAUGUUGCUUAGAAGGAAGUUGGAGGAGCAAGCCGAUCUGCAUCAAGCAAUUGAGCUUCAAGGGAGAAGACUCAUGAAUUUGCAGCUUUUGGACUUGAAGAAUCGCUACCGGCAAUACCCUCAUAAUUUAUCAACCAGCUCCCCCAUAUCCUCACCGGUUCUUCCUCGCUCUCCCAAUGUUCAAUCACUCAAUCUUCCGCCUAAUGCCAUCAACCGAGAAGUUGCCAGAGCGGCAUCUGUUGAUGGUUCGGCGCUGAUGAAAACAGAAUCUGCAGAGAGUGAAAGCUCGGUAUUCCAGGGUGUAGAUGGAGCUUGGGUUGAGAAAGAUUGCACUGGCAAGAGAAAAGAGGAGAACUCUGUUCCUAAGGAGUAUGAUUAUCAUGAAAGCUUAGAGCACAUCCUCCCAGAUAACCUCUUUGCUUCUCCCAAGAAAUCAAGGUCUGAGAAUCUCACUGCCUUCAGCACUUCUCUUGCUGAUGAUGAGAAUGAUGAUAGGAUCACCAGUUUGAUCACUUCAUCUGCUCCAACCAAUGAGCCCCUGCUGACCACCUCAUCGGCUCUCAACAUUGCUGCUCUAAAAUCGUGUCUGUUUCACGUGCCCAGUUUCUCUUCUGGGCAUGGAGCAGUUGGAAUGUAGUUGACCACGUGUUAGCAUGGACAGCUAUAGAGAUAUUUCCUCACUUAGCUACUUCUCUUGGGGCCCUUCUCUUUCAGGGAUGUUUCAGAAGAAUGAGCAGUGGAGAAAGAAAGAUCCUCCUGUAGCUGUAUAGACCAAGAAAAAUUAUAGCCUCAUCAAAGGGAAAAAAAGAAGAAGAAGAAGAAGAAAAAUGUCUGGACAAGAUCUGAGCAAAGAUCUCCACCAUCAUGGUCAUCAUCACCAAAUACAUACUUUAACAAUCAAUACACACUGCAAUACAUAUAUAAAGGACAGAUGAACCGAUUUAUGGAAGUGGGGUCCUUCUCUGUUCUACAUGGAAGUGCUCUCUCUCUCUCUCUCUAGGUUUGGUCUCUGUGUGUGCUGGGACCACACUGCAAGCAAUAGCAAAUACCAGAAGAAACAAAAGGCCAGUGACUUCUAAAUGUUUAGAUAUAAUAUUGUUGUAAUUUUUAUCAUCUCUUUUCUUGUUGCUUUUUAGACAGAGGAAAAGAAAAAAAUGACUGGAGAAAAAUUGAGGCCCUUUUUCUCUCAUGUAAGGCUUUAAGUAACAGCUGUAUGUACAGAAGCAGAAUUUAAAUGGAAUAGUACCUGAUAUAUUACUACUGCAUUCACUUAUAUAAAUGAGAAAUGUCACUGUUUUUU